CGCCGGCCGGAGUUGUCGUGAAGCGCGCGUCGUCGAGAUCGGACGUGCCGCUGUGCCCUUUAGUGUCGACCAACAAACACUUCACAGACGGUGAAGAAUGUGCUUGUAGCGAAAACCUACACAGGUCCUAGAGGGCAACAUUAAGGGAGUGAACGAGUGUACAAAGUGAAGCCUAGUGGCUUGUACAUAAGUGUGUAUAUACAGUGAUUGUUGGUGCUGGUUUGAGAGCCAGCGCGUCGCCGUUGUUCGUGGAUACUGUGUAUCCUCUGCUGCCGUCCUCCUGCUGAGCGCCGAGUGUCGCCUCUUCAGCAGCCAUGGCCGAUACGGGCAGAACAGAUUCGUAUCGACACGCCACGGAUCGUACCAUCCCCGACGAUAACCGAACAGUGAAAGGGGAUCCUAAGUCUAAGAAAAAGCCCCAGAAGGCUAAAGGGAAGAAGGGAGAUAAGGAUUUGAAUGAUCUGAAGCAGGAGUUGGAACUUGAUGAGCACAAGGUCCCAAUUGAGGAACUCUUUCAACGUCUCACUGUUAACCCAGACACAGGUCUAUCACAAAGUGAGGCUAAGCGCCGUAUUGAACGAGAUGGGCCGAAUGCUCUUACCCCACCCAAGCAGACUCCAGAAUGGGUCAAGUUCUGCAAAAACCUCUUCGGUGGUUUCUCACUCCUGCUGUGGAUUGGCGCUAUCCUCUGCUUCAUUGCCUACUCAAUUGAGACAGCUGCAGAAGAGGAGCCCAACAAGGACAAUUUGUACCUGGGCAUUGUGCUCACAGCUGUCGUGAUCAUCACAGGCGUCUUCUCAUAUUACCAAGAAAGCAAGAGCUCCCGUAUCAUGGAAUCUUUCAAGAACAUGGUCCCUCAGUAUGCUAUUGUUCUUCGAGAUGGCGAGAAGCAGAAUGUUCAGGCUGAGGAACUGUGCAUAGGAGACAUUGUAGAGGUCAAGUUUGGUGAUCGUAUCCCAGCUGAUAUCCGUGUCAUCGAAAGCAGGGGCUUCAAGGUUGACAACUCUUCCCUGACUGGAGAAUCCGAACCCCAGAGCCGAUCACCCGAAUACACUUCCGAGAACCCCCUUGAGACCAAGAACUUGGCUUUCUUCUCCACCAAUGCUGUCGAGGGUACUUGCAAGGGUAUCGUUAUCAUGAUUGGUGACAACACUGUGAUGGGUCGUAUUGCUGGUUUGGCAUCUGGAUUGGAAACUGGUGAAACCCCCAUUGCCAAGGAAAUUACCCAUUUCAUUCACAUCAUUACUGGUGUGGCUGUGUUCUUGGGUGUGACCUUCUUCGUUAUUGCCUUCAUCCUUGGGUACCAUUGGUUGGAUGCUGUUGUGUUCCUCAUUGGUAUCAUUGUAGCCAAUGUGCCUGAGGGUCUGCUAGCCACUGUCACUGUGUGCUUGACUCUUACUGCCAAGCGCAUGGCUGCCAAGAACUGCCUUGUAAAGAACUUGGAGGCUGUGGAAACCCUGGGUUCCACUUCCACCAUUUGCUCUGAUAAGACUGGUACCCUCACCCAGAAUCGUAUGACAGUAGCACAUAUGUGGUUCGACAAUACCAUCAUUGAAGCUGAUACAUCUGAAGAUCAGUCUGGCUGCCAGUAUGACAAGACCUCACAAGGCUGGAAGGCUCUGUCUAGAAUUGCUGCCCUCUGCAACCGUGCUGAAUUCAAGACUGGCAUGGAAAACACUCCCAUCCUGAAACGUGAAGUAAACGGCGAUGCUUCCGAAGCUGCUCUGCUGAAGUGUGUAGAAUUGGCUGUUGGUGAUGUUAAGGGCUGGCGUGCACGCAACAAGAAGGUAUGUGAAAUUCCUUUCAACUCCACCAACAAGUACCAAGUAUCCAUCCACGAGACCGAGGAUAAGAACGACCCACGAUACCUUGUUGUGAUGAAGGGAGCCCCUGAGAGGAUCCUGGAACGUUGCUCGACCAUCUACAUCAAUGGAGAGGAAAAGGCCCUCGACGAAGAAAUGAAGGAAGCUUUCAACAAUGCCUACCUUGAAUUGGGCGGCCUUGGAGAGCGUGUACUUGGUUUCUGUGACUACAUGCUGCCAACUGACAAGUACCCUCUUGGAUACCCCUUCGAUGCUGAUGCUGUGAACUUCCCUGUCCAUGGUCUGCGCUUCGUUGGUCUGAUGUCUAUGAUUGAUCCUCCUCGUGCUGCUGUACCUGAUGCUGUAGCAAAGUGCAGAUCUGCAGGUAUCAAGGUUAUCAUGGUUACUGGUGAUCACCCCAUCACUGCCAAGGCUAUUGCCAAGUCUGUAGGUAUCAUCUCUGAAGGAAACGAGACUGUUGAGGACAUUGCACAGAGGUUGAACAUUCCCAUCAAGGAGGUUGACCCCACUGAAGCAAAGGCUGCUGUAGUUCACGGUUCUGAACUUCGUGACAUGACAUCCGAGCAGUUGGAUGAUGUCCUCCUCCACCACACUGAAAUCGUGUUUGCCCGUACCUCCCCACAACAGAAGCUGAUCAUUGUAGAAGGUUGCCAGCGUAUGGGUGCCAUUGUGGCUGUAACUGGUGAUGGUGUGAAUGAUUCUCCUGCCCUGAAGAAGGCUGAUAUUGGUGUUGCUAUGGGUAUUGCUGGUUCUGAUGUGUCCAAGCAAGCUGCUGACAUGAUCCUGUUGGACGACAACUUUGCUUCCAUUGUCACUGGUGUUGAAGAGGGCAGACUUAUUUUCGACAACCUGAAGAAAUCCAUUGCUUACACCCUGACAUCUAACAUCCCUGAGAUCUCUCCCUUCUUGUUCUUCAUGAUUGCCUCAGUCCCACUUCCUCUUGGAACUGUGACCAUCCUCUGCAUUGAUCUGGGUACUGACAUGGUGCCUGCCAUUUCCCUUGCCUAUGAAGAAGCUGAGUCUGAUAUUAUGAAGCGCCAGCCCCGAAACCCAUUCACCGACAAGCUUGUGAACGAGAGGCUCAUCUCAAUGGCCUAUGGUCAGAUUGGUAUGAUCCAAGCCCUGGCAGGAUUCUUCACCUAUUUCGUGAUCAUGGCUGAGAACGGCUUCCUGCCACCCCAUCUCUUUGGUCUCCGUGAGCGCUGGGACAGCAAGGCCAUCAACGAUCUGGAGGAUCACUAUGGACAGGAAUGGACCUUCCACGACCGUAAGAUUCUUGAGUACACCUGCCACACUGCUUUCUUCACCUCUAUUGUGAUUGUGCAGUGGGCCGAUUUGAUCAUUUGCAAGACCCGCCGUAACUCCAUUGUCCACCAGGGCAUGAAGAACUGGGUGCUGAACUUUGGUCUCGUCUUUGAAACCACUUUGGCUGCCUUCCUUUCCUACACCCCAGGCAUGGACAAGGGUCUUCGCAUGUACCCACUGAAGUUCUACUGGUGGCUGCCUGCUCUUCCGUUCUCCAUCCUUAUCUUCAUCUACGAUGAGAUACGUCGCUUCAUCCUGCGUAGGAACCCUGGUGGUUGGAUGGAACUGGAGACCUACUAUUAAGCUGUUACUGUGAGCGCAAGAAUUACUAGAGCUCAAGACUGAUCGCAUGGCUCGCAUCACCUGCCAUCAUCAGUGAACUUCCCACAGCCAGCACUUGUGUCGCUAUUACUUGUGGAAAUUUAUUUAAUAUCCCAAUAUGGAAAUUAAUUUCUAGUUGACCCCAAGAAUAUUUAGUAAAAGAAGAGGCUUGGUCUCUUCAUGAUUCCAUAUGUAUUUCAUUGUUACUUACUGAGGAUAUUAAUGUUAUUAUGGCUGUUUCUACUUUACCCAUUGUUAUAUUUAAAGUUUCCAGUAAGUAACAGUGACAUACAGCUAUAUAUAUAUAUAUAUAAUGUACAGAAUCCUGGUGAAGGAUGUAAUAAAGACAAAACCGACACUUCAAGACUGCACCAGAAGUAAUUUUAACCGUGGUUUAUAUAACCUGGUCAACUACUGCUCCAUACUGCAGGUGUGAGAAAGCAGUUUCUCUUGAAGGGGGGUGGGAAGGGAUAAAAUGUUUUUGAAUGCUGUAAACAAAAAACAAAAAAAUCAUAAAAAAAUAUAUAAAUAAGCAGCAAUUGGAAAAUGGCCACAUUGUUCUACCUUUUUAAGUUUUUGGAAGAGGGAUUUUGCUUUCUUACACAAGUGGUGCUGGGGAUGUUCUCAUCUGUUAAAUUUGUGUAAAUUUUAGUGCACAUGAGUAGAAGUGUGAUGGCUACAAACCUGCAGCCGAAAUCAAGUGUAAAAAUAUUGUGUAGAUAGUGUGUAGACAGCCCCAAUCUUCAUGAGACUACCUAGUUUGCAAGAAUGUUUUCAUAAUUGAUCAUAAUCAUUAUUCGGAGUCGAGUUGUUACAGCUGUACUGCUCAAACCUUAUCCCACGUUCGUUGGUAAAUGUUUCAAUGCCUAGGUUUUAUUUUAUGUUUUCCUUCUCUGGAUAUGUAUUAACAUUUUUGCUAUGUGCAGUAAAAUCUGAGAGGAUAAUACAUUUUAAUCUAAAAAGUAACUGUAAUUUAAUUUGAUCCCUUUAUGUGUAAUGCUUUAUAAUAUGUCCUAAACUAUGCUUUGGUUCUAAAAAUUUUCUCUCAAAAGUGACACAUUGGGUCCAUAACAUUCCACACUAAAGUAUCAGCUUUGCACACUCAAUUUGCUUUCGUUAUAGAAGCCGGUCAAUGGUAGAGGUAGAGUUUUUCAUCUAGCUCUUAGGAACGCAAAAAAAAAAUCAUAGCUCCUAACCUUAUGCUUUGUCUUUGAGAGUGAAGCCCGUUUAGAAAGAGCGCAUGACUAGAAAGAGUGCAUGAUUAUGAUGUAAACAAAAUACUGGCCAUUUUCCUUCAUUGUUAAUCCAGAGCAUUCAUUAUUCAAAAUUGAGCAUUCUACCUCUGUAGUUCCUGCUCAGCUUCCACCAAGUCAUGUCGAGGCUAAGUUUUUGGUGUAAACAGAUUAAUUUAGUUUGUGUAUAGAUGAAUUACAAAUGGUUAAAACUGCCUGGCUAUAAUACUUAACCAUUCAUUCUGCAUCUUGAUGGGAACAAAACUGAUUUAUGUUUACUACAAAAACUAUGCUGAAAUCUAGCUGCCAGGUGUAGAAUCUUAUUGUUUUAGACUAAAUGAUUUGAUCAUACUGUAUGUUACCAGUUGAUGGAGGUCUUGUUGUCGAGAUUUGUGGCAAGCAAGGAACCAUUGCUUAUGUGACCUGCAGCAAACACUAUCAUUCAGUGUGGUAGCCAAUUACACUGUGGUUUCCUGCUUGUCAUCCUAACCAAGCUUCGUCUAAAGCAUCUAGCUGUGGGUCGGCCUUUGUACAUAGGAGAUACAGAUAUCAUAAUAAUUAAUAGUAAGAAUAUUAAAUAUCAAGGCAACUAUAUCUUGUUAUAAAGCAGCACUAUCACUAACUUUUUUGUGUUUUUCAUGGAGGCAGAGAAGGAGCCCCAAGCUCCUUUUCAAAGGGACUCGAACUUCUAUGGCACUUUUUUGGGUGCGCAUCUUACACCUUUAAAAAUAAAUGUUUUCUCCAAACAUUUGGAGAGUUUUGUUUUAGCCCUGCCUCUGAUUCCAUGUUCAAAAAGAGAAAAUUUUAAGAAGUGGUCACAGUUUUAUCAUUUAUUUUACAAGUUCAAGGUUUUUGAAUCCAAUCCAAGUGCUGGAUUCAACAAUAAAAUGUUUGAAAUUUU